AUGCUGCGCUCCGCGAGGCGUUCGCCUCACGCGCUGCUUGCCACCGUUGAAUGGGCGCAUCGCCAUGAAUGCGGGGAGCCCGUCGUCCAACCUCCUUCCCCGGACCUCUCAUUUCCCCUCCCUGUUCCCUCAUUUCCCCCCCUCCCUCUCUCUUUUCCCCCACUACUCCUACCCCUUGUUUCCCCCUCUGCUUACCCUCGUUCCCCCCUCUAUUUUCCCUUAUUUCCCCCCCUCUCCUCUCCCUCGUUCCCCCCUCUCCAUCCCAUCAUUUCCCCCUCUGCUUCCCCUUGUUCCCCCUCUCCAUCCCCUUCUCUCACCUGUCCAUCCCUUGCCUCCCCUUCGCAUCCGUCUAAAGCUGUGAGCGAAAUCAGACACAACUUUCCCUCACAUCCCCUCUCCCUCCCCCGGUUUGUUACCCAUCCCUCCCCCUGUUUGUUACCCAUCCCUCUCCUCCACCCAUCCAUCUCCCUCUCCUUCCCCUCGUUCCCCCCUCUCCUUCCCCUCGUUCCCCCUCGCCUUCCCCUCGUUCCCCCCUCUCCUUCCCCUCGUUCCCCCCUCUCCUUCCCCUCGUUCCCCCUCUCCUUCCCCUCGUUCCCCCCUCUCCUUCCCCUCGUUCCCCCCUCUCCUUCUCCUCGUUCCCCCCUCUCCUUCCCCUCGUCCACCCCCUCUCCUUCACCUCAUUUCCCCCUCUGCUUCCCCUCGUUCCCCCCUCUCAUCCUUGUUCAUCCCACAACUUUCCCUCAUUUCCUCUCACUACCUCCCCUGCUCCCUCUCACUACCUCCCCAGCUUCCAAUCUUUUCUCCCUCUGCUUCCCCUCGUUUCUCCCUCUCUUUCCCUUCAUUUCCGUCCCUGCUUCUCCUUUGCUUGCUUUCUCUUCGAUUGCGUCUUGCCCACAGUUCUCCCCUUACCCUCCUUCCUCUGUUGUUUUCUAUGCUACCGCAGUGAUGUGGAGGAGCGCGGAUAAGGAGGAGGGGAGGAGGAGCGCGGAUAAGGAGGAGGGGAGGAGGAGCGCGGAUAAGGAGGAGGGGAGGAGGAGCGCGGAUAAGGAGGAGGGGAGGAGGAGCGCGGAUAAGGAGGAGGGGAGGAGGAGCGCGGAUAAGGAGGAGGGGAGGAGGAGCGCGGAUAAGGAGGAGGGGAGGAGGAGCACGGAUAAGGAGGAGGGGAGGAGGAGCGCGGAUAAGGAGGAGGGGAGGAGGAGCGCGGAUAAGGAGGAGGGGAGGAGGAGCGCGGAUAAGGAGGAGGGGAGGAGGAGCGCGGAUAAGGAGGAGGGGAGGAGGAGCGCGGAUCAGGAGGAGGGGAGGAGGAGCGCGGAUCAGGAGGAGGGGAGGAGGAGCGCGGAUAAGGAGGAGGGGAGGAGGAGCGUUGCUCCCUACAUGCCUCCCUCCUCUCAUUCCCCCCCCCCUACAUGCCUCCCUCCUCUCAUUCCCCCCCCCCCUACAUGCCUCCCUCCUCUCAUUCCCCCCCCCUACAUGCCUCCCUCCUCUCAUUCCCCCCCCCCUACAUGCCUCCCUCCUCUUAUUUCCCCCCCCUUGCUCCCUCGAUGUUUCCCCCACUGCUCCUCUACACUUCCCCCCACUUCUCCCUCUCAUUCCCCCCCCGUCUCCCCCUCAUUGGCCCCACUUCUUCCUCUCAUCUCCUCCCUUGCUCCAUUUCCAACUCUGCUCCCCCUGAUUUCUCCAUCUUCUCCUCUCGUUUUACCCUUCUCCCCCCCCCCCCCCCCCCCCCCUUUCCAUCUUCUCCUUUCCCCCAACCCCGUCUGCGGGGUGAGUGAGCUGGCGGGGAAGGGAGAGGAAUAA